CCUCCCCCCACCGUCGCCCGUGUCUCUGGCCCCACCCCCACCUAGCUCGAUGCUGGCACUCCUUCGCCCGCGGUUGUCCCGACUAGCGGGCACGUCCGGCCGAUCAGCGACCGCAACCGUGGUCGCCCGGCUCAGCUCCACCGACAGCAGUGUCUCACAUGUGACGGAUCCCCCCCAGCCAUCGACCGCAGGGCUCCCCGCGCAUGCAUCUUCAUCCUCGCAGGACUAUGCCCUUAGUAGCCUGUGCUGUCCGCAGCCCCAUUUCUUCCUGGACCAUGUUCGCUUUGAAGGACACACGCACUUCCACGACUUGCACGAGGACACCCGGCCACCAAUCCUGCCGCAUCUGGAACACCACCGGAGCAGCAUCCACAUCGGGGAGUUUCGCUCGCUGACCCAUCUUUCGGUCGACUCCCUCGAGGCCAUCUACCAAGACGCGGAUCGGAAUCUCGAACACAUAUGCUCCGCCGUGGAGCAGCCUUUCGUCCAGCCGACCUCCGUGUUGCGAUUUACUUUCGACUCAACAGUCCCAACCUCAUGGCAAUUUAGCAACCUAUCAGCCAAGCUGCUCCAGUCGCCGACACCGAUCAGCGAGCUCCACCUUUCAUCGGCCGGAAGUCCCCUUCGUUGCGACCUCUUGUCCGGCUCCAUCUGGCACGCCAUCGCGACACGGCACUUUAUGUCUCUGGAGCGCGUGACCAUCGACAAUAUCUCCGUCACCAAACAGACCCUCCGGCGGCUGUCCACGCUCCCUCGCUUGGCCCAUCUUCACUUUUCCAAUUGCCAAGGAUCCUCCGACGCUUUGUUUGUCAUGUUUGAUCACAACCGCGAGUACGGCGACCCCUCAAUGGCUAGGAACGCGCAGCUCCCCAUUUAUUUGAGGCAAUUUGGCGCUCUGAAGAGCCUCGUCAUCGAUGUCACCGGGCUGCCACAAAACUCCAAGUCCCGGAAAGCCGGUCUGUCUUCGCUGGUCUCCCUGCUGGAGUGGUGCAUGUAUGACCCCCUGCUUCAUCCGACCUCGCGCAAGGCUUUCCUCACGGACCUCCCGCCGCCUGCCCUCUCGACGGUCGUGCUCAGGGGAAUGAACUUCUCUCUGCAACAAAUGACCGGGACUGGGAAGCUGCUCGAGGAUCAGGUCCGGUCUUACACGUCCCUCCGGCACCUGUCUUUCUCCCAGUCCCGCAUCAUCAAUGGGUCUGAGAUUUUUUCACAAAUCCUGAACUCCGUCUUGCCGAUGCUGCACCUGGUCGAGCUCCCCGAGCGCGAGUCGUACUCCCUGCACCGGGCUCUUCACAACAUGCGGGACUCCCUUUCAGCCCCCCACUUCUUGGUUGUGCCGCAAUCCAGCAUCAUCGGCAAACCGGCGGUUAUCAGGGCCAUCAACAGCAUUCUCACCGCGAAGUUUCUCCACCAUACGUCCCUGCGAAACAUCCUGGUCCUGGGUGACCAGUCUGAUUUGGUGGAGUGGCAAUCGAGCCUCAUCAAGACAUGGCAGCGCAUUCCGGACGCCAACCGCCCGGAGUAUCUCCAACAUCUGCCGGCCCAUCCGGUGGUCGGGUCCGCCGCGCAGGCGGUUCACUUCCUGCCCGGCGCGGCGUCGCCGCUUCCCUGGUCCCUAAGCUGCUUCGCACAGCAUGGCCCCGUCACCGAAGACACCACCGCGGCACCAGCCGACCAAACUGCGAGCUUUCACUUUGCCGGGCCGCUGGAGCAAACCGUCAACCAGCACCUGCUGGCUGGCCGGCGAACGGCCGGCUUCUUCGCCGGGCUCCUGGCUCCCCUGGUCUCCAAGGCCAUUGUGGAUCGGAAGUUCUUGGAGCUUCAGCCCGGCGAGAAGCCGCCUCCUCCGGCGACCAUUCAGACGCAAUGGGACCACUACCAGGAGGUCCAGAGCGCGAACCUGUACCUGGCCUGGUAUUCGGCGAGUCGCGACCAUCAGAACUCCUCGCACCCGGAGAAGGAUCUUUCCCAUGGCCCGUCCAUCAAUGGCCUACAUGCUGGGCCCCUCUCCGCGGAGCAUGUGGCCCUGGUGCAGGACGCCCUGCUGGCCAACCAGGCGGCGGCCUUUGUCACCCAGCGGGGCAUCAAGCGCCUGACCGUGGACCAAUUCAAUUUGCUGGUGCGCUUCAUGCUGCCGGAUUUGGCCCCGCUGGCUCGGAGUUCCGGGGCGGUCUCCUGCAGCGCCGGCGACCGGGCUGCCGGUGAUGCCGUGGCCAAUGAUGGUGGCGAUGCUGGUCUUCCUGCUGAGGCUCCGUCGCCGGAUGUUGCCACGUCUGUGCUGCGCCUGAGGACCGACUACAGCCUGUCGAAUUUGCUGCACCGCAUCUCGGCGCUGGAGAUCUUGGUCGAUGGAAAUGGCCAGCCAGCCCGCAUGGAUCAUGUCCUGGAGCUGGUCAUCCGCCUGCGCCUGCUGGCUGCCCCGGGCACCACGCCGCCGGACUCCACCUCCUUCAUCCACUGGACCCAGCACCAGGUGCAUGCGUGGUUGCACCUGCUCCCGGCGGAGCUGACCGAGCCGCUGAUGGUGCAGGGGGUGCUCAACGAGCACAUUACCCCGAAGAAUGGCAUGCAGCUGCUGGCUCUCGCCAAUGCCAUCCAUCACAUCUCCGGUGAGAAGUUGUUCCUAAGGGGCCUGCCCUCGACGAGCUCCAGGUGUGGCCCCUACCCGCAGGCCCUGUCCACCCUGCUCGGGCUCUCUGUCAGCCAUGAAGGAGCCAUCAGUGUCGAGGGGGACCCCGAGAACCUCAGCCAUACGGGCAUCUCGUCGGCUGUGCUGUCGCUGCUCAAUGCGAAUGCCACCAGCCCGAUAUACUCGGUGCCCUCGUGGGUUUCGUCCUUGGACCUGAACAAGCCGCUGGCCACGCUGAUCUAUUCUCCACUACCGGCCCCGCCCACCACCUCGAGCUAAAAAUCCGG